AUGGCCAUCCAGAUCCUCUCCGACCUGCACUUGGAGGCCCCUAAAGCAUACGAUGUGUUCGACAUUGAGCCCAGAGCGCCGCAUCUCGCCUUACUCGGCGAUAUUGGGAAUGUCGCGGCGCACAAAGAUGACUUCUUCAAGUUUCUAGCUCGACAACUCCAGAAGUUUCGGGUUGUAAUGCUCGUCCCCGGGAAUCACGAGGCGUACGGUUCCAACUGGCCCGAAACCCUCGAUCUUCUUCGGGCUUUUCAAGAGGACUCGAAGGCGCGCAAGGAUGCGUCGCUCGGCGAGUUUAUCCUGCUCGACCGUGGCGUCUUGCGGCUACCGGAAACCAACACCGUGAUUCUGGGCUGCAGCCUCUUUUCUUACAUUCCGCCCGAAAGCCAGAUGGCAGUCAGCAUGGGCCUCAACGACUUUUUCCAGACGGACAAGUGGGAUGUGGAAGCGCACAACGACAGGCACAAACGGGAUCUGUCUUGGCUCAAUGCACAGGUCGCUGAGCUCGAGGAUUCCCACGCCAACAUCGUCAUUUUUUCGCACUGGAGCCCAACUCUGCAUGCUCGUGCGAGUGAUCCCAGACACGCCAGCAGCCCGGUCACGAGUGCCUUCGCAACCGACUUAUCCCAGGAGAAGUGCUUCAAGAGCGGCAGGGUCAAACUUUGGGCUUUUGGGCAUACGCAUUACAAUUGCGAUUUUGUAGUUGAUCGAGAGGAUGGCGCGGGCCCGUUGAGGUUGGUAGCGAACCAGAGGGGAUAUUACUUUGCUCAGAGCGAGGGUUUCGACGGUGAUAAGACGGUUGAGGUAUGA